AACGAUUUGUAUUCCUUCUUGAGCAGCUUGAAAAGAACCUUCAAACCAGUCAUCAGAACUAGAAUUGAAUCCAGUUAUUAUUUUAUUGAUCGACCAAAGACUACAGCAAUGAACUUUUUAACUUUUGUGAUGGGAUGGUUCAUCACAGUAGGGAGGCUAGUCAUAGCACAAACGACCCCACAAUGUGUUGCACUUGAUAGCUCGACACCUUGUGGUUUGGAUUACACAGGCUAUCCAGUGUUGCAAUCGCAGUUUGCAUCUGUUGCAGCCUUUACUGCAGCAGUGCAGUCCAACAUUGCGGAUCUCAAUCAAGUUGCGGAUUCAUUUGUAAACAACUAUGGCUGCACGACAGGACCCAUUCGACCAGCACUUGAAGUAAUGCGAUAUCAAGUAUCUAUUCAAUGUUCAAUGGCCAUCAAUGAUGCGAUUGUAGCAGGAUGUUCAGUGUCUUCAAACCGUCCACCCAAAGGACCACUUUUAUGUACACAAUUCUGCUCCAUGGCAGGAACUACUGUUCAGCAAGUCUUUCAGAAUACAACUGCCUGUAGUGCACCAGGAAGUAAUGCUAUUGCACAAGCAAGAACUAACUUGCUAACUCAAUACUCAAACUAUUGUACGUUUUCAAGUAAUGCCAUAGCAGCUGGUGCUCCAUGCACAGGAGGUGCUCAAGCUGAACGAGACUUGUGUGGUUGGAGAAAUAACUCGACUGCUAUUGCUCAAUGCACUACAAACUUCAAAGACACUUGCUGUACGAAUCUAACUAAACUGAGUACUGUCUCGGCUGGAGUUUCUUCUAAAUCAAACCUUGCUCUUUAUAUUGGUCUUGGAAUUGGUGGUGUUGUACUUCUAGUAGUGGGUGCCAUACUCGCUGUCUAUCUUUACAGGCGUCGAUCACAAUCUUAUGUGGAUCAUGAAGACAAGGCCGCUUAUCAAGCAAAUCAAUAUCGAGGCUCUCAUAAACUUGAAGAAAUUGAAGCCAAUUCCACUCCAAAGGGUCCAAUCACCGCACUCUAUUCGCCUCCUAGUCUCGCUAAAUCUGCUACAAGCAAUCACAACUCUAUCGUCGCUUCAAAUCUCUCCGCUGCUCCUGCUGCUCCUCCUUCCUCUGCCAACUCUUCUCCUCCCAUUACAAUGAACAAUCUACCUCCCACUGCAAGAAAAACUAGAGUCCUUCAUCCCUAUGAACCCACUUUACCCGACGAACUUCGUUUAGAAGUCGGUUUGGAAAUCAUCAUGGUUCGUGCAUUCGACGAUGGUUGGGCACUUGGUUUCGAUCCAAAUACUUCAAAACAAGGCGCUUUUCCCCUGGUUUGUGUUGCAGAAACUGAUGAUCAAUCAACUAUCAUCACUACCGCUCCAAAUACUGUCAUUGCUGCUCCAAAUGAUUCUGCCUCGACAAGUAUCUUGCAACGUAGUUCCAAUACAAACUCCUCUCAUCGUACUUCUUCUCAAAUGAUCUCUUCAUCUGAUCGUUUGGCUGUCAGCUCUCUUGUUGCUACAACCCUUCGCGAAAAACAACAGCGUGAUCAACGCAUUAGAGAUGAUAUAGCCGGUCCUUUUGUUCGUACUGACCUCUCUGCAAUCGAACGUCGUCAACGUGAACGUGAAGAAGAAACAGAAAGAGUGCGUUUGGAAGAACUAGAUUACCAGCGUCGUCGUGAAGAACGUGAACGUGAACGGCUUCAACGGGAGCAAGAACGUCUGCGUUUAGAACAGGAGCGUAUCGAUCGUGAACGGAAUCGUGUUCAGCGAGAACUGUUUGAACGUGAACGCACUGAACGUGAACUCCGUGACAUGCAAGCCAAUACUGCCUCUCCGCAAUUCACUGCUGAAUCUCCAACUGGUUCUAAAAAAACCAAACGGAGUCAGCAACCCAUCAGCAAAUUCUUGACUGAUUUAGAUGAAAUGGGCAAACCCCAUUCAAGUGACUCUCGUUAAUUCAACCCCAUUGCAAUUUUAUUCCAACAUAGAAUUGACUUGUUUACUUUUUGCCUAUGUUUCUAGAAUCACUUUGGUUUUAUACUAUUGAAAAAACUUCAUUCUAUGUUCAUCUCCAACUUUAUACUCGACACAAUUCUACUCCCAUAUCAUGUGUGCUUUUUUUAUCAUUUUGUACGAGAUUCAACUCGGUUGCUGGCUUUGUUGGUUGUGCCAUGUAGUAGUGUCAAGGUGUGUUGACAUCUUGUAAUACUGUGUACAUGGUGUGUUUGGAAUUUACAAGUCUUUGGUUUGAAUCCAAGCCCAGCCACACUCUCCACCUUGUAGCCAGAGAACCCUUUUUUGAUUUAAUACUCUAUGAAUUAUUCAAGAUAUAAUAAAUGUGUUUAGAAUUGGUCCACC